AUGGAUCCAGCGGCAUUCACCCCACCCUCGGAGCUUCGAGAGCUCAUAACGGACUCAGCUACCAAAAUAAUCAACCUGUGGCUUGAGCAUGAGGGUGAAGCGUUUCUUUACGUUCUGGAAGUCAGGCUACGACAGCUUUUGUCCGAUUAUCCCUGGCUAUUGGACUCACUCCACCCGCUCAUACAAAACUUCAUUCUCCAUGAACUACACCUUCACCCCCCCGCCGCCACUGCUCACCCGCUCGCUUCAACGGAGGACGUGCCGUCCGUACCGCCGGAUGAGGAGUUACCCGGCCCGUCGGAGCCGUCUCCACGGAGGAAGCGACGUUCACGCCGCCGGCGCGGCACCCCACAGCCGGAGUUCAGAAUGACAGAGCAGCCGGCUGUGUCACCAUCCUCACCGUCUCGUUACGAGCAGGGAACACACUUCACCACGACAUCUGCUGGUUCUCUUAAGCUGGUCACCUCAGAGACAGUUGCUCCCUCUAGGGCCUCCCCAGAGGCUGGGUGUCACUCACCAGCUGACUCUGGACCCCUAGAGGUCAAGACGCCAGCGCCAGCAGUUUCACUGGGGGACUCACCAGAGCAGUCUCGGCUCUCAGCGCCCCCUGAGAGCUCAAGUGAUUUCACCCGUCCGCCUCCGUCCUCUGCUGAGUGUAUUGGGGAACACUUUCAGCCCUCUGAGGACUGCAUCCCACUGUUGCUGCCUGAGUCUAGCCACUGUGCUGCUCAGUUCCAGCCAGUGUCCACACCGGCAGAGGUCUGCGUACCUGCUGCCUCAGUGUCUGUUUCCGCUGGAGGGCCCGAGUCGCUCGUCCAGCCUCAAGUUUCGUUAGCGGGGGGUUUGGGAGAACCCAGCCAGCAUCCUGCCUCGUCGGCUGGAGGGCCUGAGGAGCCCGUCCAGCCUCAAGUUUCGUCUGCUGGGGGUUCGGGAGAGCCCAGCCAGCUUCAAGUUUCGUCCGCUGGGGUUCGGGAGAGCCCAGCCAGCUUCAAGUUUCGUCUGCUGGGGGUUCGGGAGAGCCCAGCCAGCUUCAAGUUCCGUCUGCUGGGGGUUCAGGUGAACCCAGACAGCAUCCUGCCUCGUCAGCUGGGGCCUUAUGCCACGUCUGCUGGAGGGUCCGAGGGGCCCGUUCAGCCUCCUGUCUCCGCUGGAGGGUCCGAGGGGCCCGUUCAGCCUCCUGUGUCGUCUGCUGGAGGGUCCGAGGGGCCCGUUCAGCCUCCUGUGUCGUCUGCUGGAGGGCCCGAGUCGCCUGUCCAGCCUCCUGUGUCGUCAGCUGGUGGGCCGGAGUCGCCCGUCCAGGCUCCUGUGUCGUCUGCUGAAGGGCCCGAGUCGCCCGUCCAGCCUCCUGUGUCGUCAGCUGGUGGGUCCGAGGAGCCCGUCCAGCACCACACCUCGUUAGCUGAGGGUCCUGGAGGACCCAGACAGCACAUCCUCUCGUCUGCUGGCGGUCCGGGGAGGGCUGUUCAGCCAUCACCGGCUAAAUCAUCCCCCGCGACAUCUACAUCUCCGCCUGCAGCAUCAUCAUCUCCGCCUGCAGCCGCAGCUUCAUCAUCUCCGCCUGCAGCCGCAGCUUCAUCAUCUCCGCCUGCAGCCGCAGCUUCAUCAUCUCCGCCUGCAGCCGCAGCUUCAUCAUCUCCGCCUGCAGCCGCAGCUUCAUCCGCAGCCCCGUCCCGCUGCCCCGUCUCGCUGCCGUCAGGUUCCGCAGCCGUCUCGCUGCCGUCAGGUUCCGCAGCCGUCUCGCUGCCGUCAGGUUCCGCAGCCGCUCCGCCGUCGCCUGGUCCUGCCUCGUCGGCUUCGUCCACGCCUUCGUCCUCGCCAGGUCCGGCUUCGUCCACGCCUUCGUCCUCGCCAGGUCCGGCUUCGUCCACGCCUGGCCCGGCUUCGUCCACGCCUUCGUCCACGCCUGGCCCGGCUUCGUCCACGCCUUCGUCCACGCCUGGCCCGGCUUCGUCCACGCCUUCGUCCACGCCUGGCCCGGCUUCGUCCACGCCUUCGUCCACGCCUGGCCCGGCUUCGUCCACGCCUGGCCCGGCUUCGUCCACGCCUUCGUCCACGCCUGGCCCGGCUUCGUCCACGCCUUCGUCCACGCCUGGCCCGGCUUCGUCUGGUCCUGACUUGUCCACGUCUGGCCCUGCCUCGUCUGGUCCUGCGGUUGCUACACCGUCAUGGGACCCAGCUCGUCCUGUUCCGCCUCCCCUCUGCCGGCCGUUUUCCAGGCCUCUAAGUUGGCGUCAUGGCCGUCGAGGUCGGCCUCCGGAGGGAGAUCGUCGCCGCUGCUGGCAUUGCAGCCGACCUCCGGAUCUGCUCAGUGGCCGCCGUUGCCGUGUGCACGGUCGGCCUCCGGAACUGUUUGCCCGUGGCCGCCACUGCCUUCCAAGUGGCCGGCCUCCUGAAGGGUUUUGCCUGCACCGCCGCCAUUGCCGUGUGCACGGUCGGCCCCCAGAACUGUUUUCCCGUCGCCGCCAUUGCCGUCCGCACGGCCGGCCCCUGACCUGUUUUGGCUCCUGUGUGGCCGACCCCCGGGUCGACCUCCUGAACUGUUUAUGGACUCUUGUUGAGCUUUGGUUUUUGUAUUUUCCUGUGCUUUGGGACUGUUUUCUUGUGUUUUUGAACUGUCUUGCUCCUUGUUUUUUGUUUGGUUUCUUUCCCUCCGUCCUUGACCCCCUCCACCCGCCCUGGUCUGGUGCUUUGUUGUGGUUUUUCGUUUAGGGCUGUCGGGAGCCAGCCCUUGGAGGGGGGGUACUGUCACGGUUCUGGGUCCGUCAGACCCAGUAUUUUGAGUUUAUUAUGUUUUGGUUUACUUUUGCUUCAUGGAUUAUUCUUUAUGCUUCUCUGGUACUUUGUGUUUCAGUUAUCUUGGGGUUUUGGAUUGUUUUCUCAUUCUCUUGUGGUGGUGGUGAUGAUGAUGGUGAUUAUUAUUGUUAUUAUUAUUAGUUUCAUGUUUCUGUUAUCCAUGUGUUAGGAAUUGUGGUUUCACUUAUAGUUCAGUUCCAUGUGUCAUGUUCUGUCUCUCUGUGUUGAGUCCGUGUCUCGGAGUAGUGAUUCAUGUUUCCUGUUUUAUUGUGAAGGUCUGCGUCUCAUGUGAGUGUGUUCAGUUUUACCUCUGUCUCGUCUUGUUAAUGACUCCCAGCUGUGUCCACCACCUGUGUGUAAUCUCCUUGUGUUUCUGUGUGUAUUUAAGUCACGUCUUUAGUCAUUGUUGUUGCUGCUCCGUCUGCGUAUCCACCCUGUUUCAUUCUGUGUGUUUCCCUGCCGUCUUCCAUCAUUCCGUCUCCUGCUAUUCGUGUUCAGGUUUGUGCUCUUGUUCAGGCUCCGUAGUUUAGUUUACCCAGUAUAGUUCAGUUCUCCGUUUGCUGUUUGUCCAUUUCCUUUGUGUUUAAUAAACCACCCUCUCACCGGUACAAGUGCCUGCGUUUGGAUCCUCCUUUAAUUUCCACACGGCCCCUCUCACUCGCCGUGACA